AUGGCCGAGGCGGUCCUCUCAGCGCGCGAAGUGCUGGGGCGCGGCGUGGCACCAAGCAAGGGGAGGCCCCGUGCAGGCCUUCAGAAAUCCUCAUUUCGGGACAGGGGAGCAGAGCAGACUCCAGGGCGCGACUGCGUUCUUGGCCAGCAGUUGUGUGUGUGUGUACAAACUGCAUCUGAGCCGCCCCUGCGAGGUGCUUUGCUGCUGGGAUGUGUCUUGGGAUUGGCAUCCCUGUUGGCGCCGGUGCUUCCCGGGCUUCCCCCGCUUCCCGGACUUCCCUGGCUGAUAGCUUGGCUGGCUUGGCUCCCAUCCCUGUACGCGUUGCUCCGGGCGGCGCUCUUCCUCGUGGUUGGGGGCGUGGUGGCCUCGAUGCCUGCAAGGAUGGCUGCAAGGUGGCUGGCGGCCGAGCCGAGCCUGAAAGCAAGCCCUUGGAUGUUGGAAGGACUCCCGCCAGCUUCGAGGCCAGAGGGCUUGCAAGCGUGCAAGGCACUGGAUGCCGGAAAUGCGCGCAUUGACGGGGCAGUUCUCCUCACUGGGGCGACUGGCUUUGUUGGCGGUUGCAUCCUAUACUCCCUGCUUGCACGAGCUGAGCAUUUGGGCAUCACAAAGAUUGUGCUCCUGGUUCGUUCGCGGCGUGGCUCAACUUUGGCGGAGCGCAUCCACAAGCUUCGGGAAAAGGCUAUGUUCGAUGAGCUUAGGGACACUUUUGACAAGCUGGUGGUCGGCCUUGAAGGUGACACGUCAAAGCAGAAUUUUGGAUGGGGAAAGGCACAAGUCAGCUGGCCGCACAUGGAGCCACUGCGGGCAGUGUUGCAUUGCGCGGGCGAUGUGCGAUUCACGCAGCCCAUGCAGCAGGCAGCUAUAUGUCUGAUUUCCGCGACACUGCAGAUGCAGCAGCUGGCUUCCCAGUGGAAGGCCGCGCGCUUUGUAUUCGUGUCCACUGCGUUCGUACAUGCAACACCUCCUUGCAAAGCAAAUCUGGCGGAGAGGCUGGUGGAGCUCCAGGAGUUUGAUGCAAUGGAACUCUACCGAGAUGCACUCCGUCAGGGGAGCUGGGCACAAAAUGCGAUGAAGGCGUUGGGCUUUCCGAACACCUAUGCAUUUUGCAAAGCCGUGGCUGAGCACUUGGUGAUGGCUGGUGAUGAUGAAGGCCUCGAUGUGAGGAUCGUCCGCCCUUCGAUCGUGGGACCAGCAUGGGCGUUUCCCUAUAUAGGCUGGGCUGGGGACAAGCCCUCUACCGUGGUGGGGGGCCUCGCUCUCCUAGGCCGAAGGGGACUUCUUGGUGGACUUCAAGUCUUCCAAGAUGCAUUCAGCCAUCCAUCCCCAGUGGUGCCAGUUGAUCUGGUGGCCGAAGAAGCCGUGAAGGCUUUGGCCGGUGGAGGUGUCAGACGGAUCGUCCACGCUUGCCUAGACUCCUCUGAGGCAGAUAAGAUGUUCUCUUUCAAGUCGCUCCAAAGACAUUACUAUCAGCUGCUGGCCCUCAAAGGCAGCUUGACUCUGCCCGAGCUCGGCUUCAAGGCCAAGCUCCUUCGCUGGAGUGACCAUGCCAGCGUGUUUCAAGUCAUACACGCUCUCCUCCACCUCUUGCCGUCAAAGCUGUCCGUCACCUGCUGCGUUUGCCUCCAGUGGAUCCUGGCUUGCCUUGGUGUCACGAGCCGACUGCUUGACAACUUGGUCAAGUCGUCACAAUGUUCACAGUCUUGCAGUGAGCUGCCAAGGCUCUACCAACCCUUCUCGAGCCCACGGAGGCCGUGGCACUUCUGCUCCAGCCUGCGCCUGCCAGAGGAUUGGUGCAUCCACGAGUAUCUCCUGAUCUGCGCCCGGGCUGGGCAUGCCUUUGCAGAGAGCGCCGGGCUCCACGGGCCUGGCCGCAGCUACGCGAAGGAGUUUGCUGAGCUCCAGAUCUUUUCGCCCUCAACGCUCUGGGCGGAUGCCGUCGUGACCCUUGCACAUCCCAAGGCGAGCAUCUUCCAGGCCUUGGUGGCUUUCCUCGUGCGGCGAGGGCUCAGCUGGAUCAAUCUCACCGUUGCCAUGGAUGGAGCCUCCCUGCAUUCCUUCACCAAGAUCUCCACGCCUCUUGUUCUUUGUCCUCAGCACAGAUCAAUGCUGGACUUUGUCAUUGUCGGGCUCACAUGCUUUCAGAUGCAGCCGAUGUUGCCCAUGCUGCAGCUCCCGCACGUGGCCGCAGAUGCCGAGUUCUUUGCUCUCCCAGUUCUGGGUCGUGUGCUGGCCUGGCUGGGCGCAUUCCGCGUGCAGCGCAACCGACACGGGCAGCCGGACCCUGCGCUGAGGGCCUCCGUCGACCAGGCCCUCCGGAGCGGGCGGCCCCUCGAGAUAUACCUGGAAGGCCUCCGCAGCCGUGGCCGCAGGCAGCUGCGGCUGCGCACCGGGCUCCUCAAGGCCCUCCAGAGCCACUCGCGGCCGAUGGCGUUGGUUCCCCUGGCCAUGUCCUACGAGCUCCUGCCCGAGGACGCAAGCCUGUACAGGGAGAUCGCUGGGCUCCCACGCGAGCCACUUCGUAGCAGCAGCUUCUUUUCCUGGGUCCUGCGGGGCUUGCGCGGAGAGCUGGUGCCGCUGGGCGAAGCCUUCUUGCGCUUCGGAGCCCCCCACACCUUGGAGGAAAGCACCAACGUUGAUGCCCUUGCUUCAAAGGUGCAGACUGAACUGGUGGAGCUGUCGUCAGUGACCACGCUGCAUUGCCGAGCCCUUGCACAGGUACUUGCCUUGUCCGUUGAAUCCGUGGAAGCUGCGUUGCAGAUGGAGACCCUCGUCCGCAGCUCCUGCAUUCCAGACUCGGCCAAGCCUUCGCUCUCCUCUUCCGAGUGUUGGCCCCUCGUGCUGCAGGCGGCAACGCUGGCACCCAUCCGGCGGCACUUGCCGGAACAAUGGGGCCGCUGGUUGGUGGAGGGCUUGGAAGAAGGUGCCAAAGAGAAGACAGCUACAGCUGAAACGGCUGCCGGCCACGGCCUGGGUCUUGCACUCGCUGAGCUAGCUGGUGCGCUUCGGGCCCAACUCCUUGCGGCCGAGAAGGCCGCGAAGCAUGCUGAAGAGGUCCUGCGUCAGAGCGGCAUGGUGGCGAUCACGGAGGUGGACCUCCUGCAGCUCCUUGAGGGCCUGCCGCCGCUCCUGGCGCGUGGCGCAGCCUCGGUCGUCGCCAACUCCGCCAAGUCUGAGGGCCACGCCAGCCACGCCGGCCACGCCACACGGGGCCGAGGCAAAGGAGGCUCCUUUGCGACGCCGCUCUGGCCAGAAACUGAUGAACUGCAGAGCGAUGAAGCCUUGGACCGAUGGGGCUUCAAAGACACAAAGUUUGUGGCCCAGUAUGUGAAUGGAAGGCCCGCUGCACGAAUCACGUCCCGGAGGUACUCAAAGGCUCUGGGCCCUUCCCGGCCCCUUUUCCAACUUUGGGAGUUCCUUCAGCGGCAGCUAGCUGUGCCACUCGACGUUCUGGACGUUCUCGAGUCCUCCAUCCCAGACCUGCCCAAGCCUGCUCCAGGGCAUGGCCUGGCAGACAUCUGGCAGCUGCGCACGCGACAGACGGUGCGCUUCUCGGAUGCUGUGGUGUGCCCUGAGUCAGAGCAGGAGGUCGAGGUCUUGGUUAAAGCCGCCACAUCCUUUAACCAGGGGAAGGGCUUCGGGAUCAUUCCUGUCGGCGGACGCACCAACGUAACUUCAGCCACAGCAUGCCCUCCGAAGGAGGUGGAUCCCAGACCUUUCGUGUCUUUAGACAUGCGUGGGCUUUCCAAAGUCCUUUGGGUGAACGCGGAAGAUGGAGUUGCGAUGGUCGAAGCUGGCAUCACCGGUGUGAGUCUCCAGGAAGCCCUCAAGCAGCACGGAGUCACCAUGGGCAUGGAACCUGACUCGAUGGAGCUUUCUACCUUGGGCGGGUGGAUUGCCACAAGAGCCAGUGGCAUGAAGAGGGCACGCUACGGCAACAUUGAAGACAUGGUCCUUGACACGCGCGUCGUCACACCCAGUGGACCUCUUUGGCAACGCCACGGCGGUUCCAGCUUAGCACAAAGCGCCAUUGGAAGAGCCUCCGCCAAUGUUGGCCUGCCCGCUCUGGUGCUGGGAAGUGAGGGUUGCCUGGGCAUCAUCACAUGUGCGGUCGUUCGAGUACAACGGCUGCCCGAAGUUGUGGAGUACCAAAGCGUUCUCUUUCCUACUUGGGACAAGGGUGCUGAAUGGAUGCGGGAGGUGGCCCGGCUGCCAGCCGCCUUGCGCCCGGCCUCCUGCCGCCUAAUGGAUCAGAAGCAGCUGCAGCUGGCCCAGGCGCUGAAAGAGCCCGAAGGCCGCAUGGCAAGCCUUCGGGCUGGUUUGCGUCAAGCGUUCUUGUACCUCAUGGGAUUGUCUGGACCUGAAACAGCUGCAGUGACCCUUGUUUUCGAGGGAACUCGUGAGGAAGUGAACCUGCAGAAGAAGCUGGUGGCCAGGCUGGUCGCAAGGGCAGGGGGCCUUUGGGCCGGUGCGUCAUCGGGUGCCGCAGGCUAUGCCCUCACCUUCGCCAUCGCCUACCUCCGCGACUUCGGGUUGGACUACCGCAUCCUGGCAGAAUCCUUGGAGACCAUGGUGCCUUGGUCGAUGAUUGAUCAGGUAUGGCCGGCGGUCACGGCGGCUGUCGAAGAGAAGCAUCGGCUCCUUAGGUUGCCAGGCAGGCCCUUCAUGUCAUGUCGGAUGACACAGCUCUAUGACGAGGGAGGUGUCUUGUACAUGUACAUCGCUGUGUGCACGACGGGCUUGGAGCCAAAACGUGCGCUGGAAGCUUUCGAGACUUUGGAGCACGUGGCUCGACAAGCUGUUUUGGAUGCUGGUGGUUGCUUGAGUCACCAUCAUGGGAUUGGGAAACUCCGAGCGGCCCUACUUCCGAGCACUCAGUCUCCAGUACUCUCGCAGACCUUGCGGGACCUGAAAGCCGUCCUGGAUCCAUCAAACAUCCUGGCUGCUCGAAACGGUGUCUGGGGUGCACCCUUCAAGAGAGAAGGGCCCGAAUCCAAAUCAUGCAAAGCUUGCGAAGACUACUCACCGCUGCGAAAUUCUUUUGGCGUGUUUCAGAAUUGA